AUGACAUCGCUCCCGUGCGCUCUGUGCAUAAUAUGGAUAUGUCUGAUCUGUCAUUCGAUGGGAACGGGAUUUAUUUACCAGGUUCCCGGAGUGACUGUUCAACGCGUCAACUCGGAGCAGGGCGCGAGCACCGGUUCACCAGGCAGCGGAUCAAACAUUCAGCUCAGGUGAGCACAUCAUGACGCACGGAGAGGAUCCAUUGUGAGGAUGGUCAAGGGUUUGCCAAAAUGAAACAGAAUUGAUUUACAACGUCACCAUUGGUAGAGCAAUGUGUAAUGUUUGACUAAAACUGUUGAUGAUCAGCCCUGGUAUCAGAUUUCUGGGGAAAGGGGCAAGAGGUGAUGCUUGCAAUUAUUGUAUAUUUGCAUCUCCAAUAGUGGGUGAAGGGGUGAAUAAAAUAUAUGCAGGAGACGUUUUUAGAGUGUUUGACAACUUUACAUUGUGACCGGUGUUAGAUGUUAUGAUAGUAAGAUCCAUAUGAUCUGACUCUGAUUACAGGAACUGGUGCCAGUACACAGUGUUGAGGACCGUGAAGUGCCAGGUGCCCAAUGGAACAGAGACCAUGGUGCAGAGAGUGUUCCAGGGCUGCCGCUGGCCAGGACCCUGCUCCAAACUCAUCAGGUAGGACUGGACCAGACCACCCCAGAAUCCUGUUUUGAUAGAAAUGCUAUCUUAUAGUGUAUAUAGCAGUACUAGUGAUGAUGAUGACGUUCCUGUGUUGACCAUGUGCUCUGUCAGCUACAGGACCAUGGUCAGGCCGUCUUACAAGGUGGCCUAUCGGCAGGUCACUGCUCGGGAGUGGAGGUGCUGUCCUGGGUUUGUAGGAGAUGCAUGUCGAGAAGGUGAGCAUCCACACUCAUAAUCAUGCUCUCUAUCUUUCUUCACCCUAAUGUAAACCCAUAUCAUCAGUGAUGAAGUGGUAAAACCAAAUAGAUGGGUAAAUUCUGAUCGCCGGUCACAGUGAACAAAGUAGCACCCCCUAUACUUUCAAUGCAAUUUUCUGCAAAAGGUGUAUAAACUGUUGGCCAAAUAAAAAGGUGGGUUAAACUGUGUUUACUUGCGUUUACCCUCCACUACACCACUGGUUAUAAUCCUCUACCUUUCUCCAUUUCCUCAGGCGAUAAUCUUAGUUCGGCAAAGCAAACAUUCUAAAAUACGUAUUCAGAGUAAUAUUAAUAUGCUGAGGAAGGUCUUUUGAAGGUGUUAUCCAGUUGAUGUUUUGUGUGGGACCGUAACAGACUCAGCCUUUACAUUAGUAUGGCUGAGCAGGAACAAGUACAGAGUUAGAGCCAUUACCUUGGCACACGAGGGAGAAAAGUAACUGUGGGGAAGUACUGUAGCUAUGAUCAACUGCUGGUUGAUACACUGCUACUGUACUGUAGGGAACUUAAGGUGUGUUGAAUUAAGGUUGGGACUUGGGAGCCUGUUUUUGAUUAAAUUUAGGAACAUGUUCCACAAUAAAAGGGAGUUGAAAGGGCUGCUGAGGCUCUGUAGUUGUGUACCUGCUCCUCAGGCCUUUAAUCAAGAUGCUUUUGUGUCUGAGAGAUUAUGAGAUCAUCAACUACUGUAGGAUAACCAUUAGAGACUCCCUGCACAGUAAAGAGAGAGGCUGGACUGGGGGAGAACCGCUAGAGACUCCCUGCCCAGUAAAGAGAGAGGCUGGACUGGGGGGAACCGCUAGAGACUCCCUGCCCAGUAAAGAGAGAGGCUGGACUGGGGGAGAACCGCUAGAGACUCCCUGCCCAGUAAAGAGAGAGGUUGGACUGGGGGAGAACCACUAG